GGAUCAAGCAAGGACUGUCCUUUUUCCCUUUUUAUUCCUUUUAGUUUCCAAUACACAAUACAAAAUAGCUAGUCUACAAUUACAAAGCUUCAAUCAUAGCACCCUAUCACAACCUAAAGGCCAGUUGCUACAAUAAUCUACUAAACUUUGCAAAGACUAGACCAUGAGCGGCUACAGCAACCAAGAGGAUACUCCCAAGAAACCACUCCGGGCUGGGAUGUGGACUCAGGAGGAGAUGGUGUAUGUGAAUGCCCUGGUGAAAGAGUUUCGAGACGGCGCACUCGAUCUGUCCCAGGGAAUGACUCUGAGGCGUUUUCUCGCAGAACGAUUGCAUUGUCAUCCCAAGAGAAUCUCCAAAAAAUACGAAGGCACUGGCCUGAAUGGUCGCACGGGUUACGUAGGACAAACGUACACCCCGGUAGAGCUUAACGAGAGGAAAAUUAGACUUGAGCUGCUGAGAGGACAGUUCUUGGAGUCUGUUGAGAAUCUGGAUUUAUAUCAUGGCGGCAACAUUCCGCGAGCUGCUGCUGCUCAGAGAGAUGCUGCUCAGAGAGACGCAGCCGCUUCAUCGGGUAUCCGGAAUUCCCUCGUAACGACGCAAAUUGGAGUCAAUUCUGGAACCGCUGCUCGAAACAGCCAAUUGUCCACCGUAUCAGGUUCUACAGCACAGUAUCUGCAAGCUCGAGCUCGUCUAGCUCAAGCAACUCUGGGCUGCGCUGAUUUGGUAUUGUCUGGUGUUGUGAAUCCAAAUCCAAUGGGAUCAGUACGCGGUAGUUUCCUUCAGGAUGUGUAUUCGAGACCAGGUUUGGGUCUGUUUCCUCCACAAAUCAACUCCAUGGCGAGCGCUCCUUCUGGGUUGCUCUCGUCGGCUCUCGGGGCAUCUCUCGGGGCAACGGAUUCUCUCGCAUUGAGUUUGGGGGCGACACAUCCAUCGUCUUUUCUGCUGGGGGGGAAUAGAUUUGGUUCCCUCCAAUCGAGAUUGUCGCCUUUCCACGGCAGUUUGGCGAGCAGUGCUCUUGGAUUACCUACUAGGGGCACAGCCGUCGAUUCUAACAGGGAGCAAUUGAUGACUUCUUUUCUCUCGAAUCGGCCGGCCGCUGGAGGUGGUUCCGGUUCUGAUGCGACCAGUCUCCUGGCAUUGUCGAAUAUUAGCUCUUCUCCGCCUUCCGCCUAUCCCCACACUGGUUAGAGAUCCCUCUUAACCAUCACCGCCGCCAAUCACUCCAAGGUUCUACCGUAUCGGAAUCUUGAGGCGGUUGCUGUGACGCAUCGGGUCUGUCGGAAUCUCGAUUCGCUUCUCAAGGAUCGCUCUUAUGGUUGUCGUUUUUGUGGGCAACACGGCAUGGAAAAUAUUCAGACGAAAACUAUAUAAUGGUUUGCAUUUGACAGA